GGCGGGGCGGCAGUGGGGGGGGUCGUCUGCACCCGGGCUUGGCUUCCAGCUGCGGGCAAACGUGUGCGGUCUGCGCCGGGCCGGGACUGUCGGGGAACCCAGAUCAGCCUCUCCGGCUUAGGGCAAGCAGGUCUUCAAUGUCUGGUGGACGUUUAGUGUAGAGUUGCUUCUACUACUGAUAGAGGUCAGGUACGAUGAUCCAGUAGGAGGACCACACUGGGGCAGUGACACAGCUUGGCCAUUGAAGGAUGAAUGGGGAGGAGGAGUUCUUUGAUGCCGUCACAGGCUUUGAAUUUGAUAACUCUUCAGGAGAAUUUUCUGAGGCAAAUAAGAUAACUGGAAUGAUUGAUUUGGACACCAGCAAAAGUACUAGGAGUGGGAAAAGUGGGGAGAGAUCCCCACAAGAGAAUGGAAUUCAAAAACACAGGACGGCACUGCCUGCCCCCAUGUUCACGAGAAGUGAUUUCAGUGUGUGGAGUAUACUGAAAAAGUGCAUUGGCCUGGAGCUGUCCAAGAUAACCAUGCCUAUCGCCUUCAACGAGCCCUUGAGUUUCCUGCAGCGGAUCACAGAGUACAUGGAGCAUGUGCGCCUCAUCCACAGAGCCUCUCGUCAGCUUCAGCCCCUGGAGAGGAUGCAGUCUGUAGCUGCUUUUGCGGUCUCGGCAGUGGCUUCCCAGUGGGAGAGGACUGGCAAACCAUUCAACCCACUCUUGGGAGAGACAUAUGAGUUGAUCAGGGAAGACUUGGGAUUCAGAUUUAUAUCCGAGCAGGUCAGUCACCACCCUCCCAUUAGUGCAUUUUACUCAGAGGGUCUCAGCCAGGACUUCAUGUUCCACGGCUCCAUCUACCCGAAGCUGAAGUUCUGGGGCAAGAGCGUGGAGGCAGAGCCCCGGGGGACCAUCACGCUGGAGCUCCUCAAACACAAUGAAGCCUACACCUGGACCAAUCCCACCUGCUGUGUGCACAAUGUCAUCCUUGGGCAGCUGUGGAUCGAGCAGUAUGGGACUGUGGAGAUCCUGAACCACAGAACUGGAGACAAGUGUGUACUUAACUUCAAACCGUGUGGACUGUUUGGGAAGGAACUUCACAGGGUGGAAGGGUAUAUUCAAGACAAAAACAAGAAGAAGCUCUUUAUGAUCUAUGGCAAGUGGACAGAAUGCUUGUGGGGCAUAGAUCCUGGUUCAUAUGAAUCCUUCAAAAAGCACGAGAGGAGAGGUGACCACCCGAGGAAGCCCAGGCUGGACGACGGUCCUGAGAAAGCUGACAGUGACAUAACUGGUGAUGUGGCUGAUGAUGUGCCUGUGGCUCAGGAGACCGUGCAGGUCAUUCCCGGCAGCAAGCUACUUUGGAGGAUCAACAGCCGGCCGCCCAACUCAGCCCAGAUGUACAACUUCACUAGCUUCACUGUGAGUCUCAACGAGCUGGAGUCAGGCAUGGAGAAGACCCUGCCACCCACAGACUGCCGCCUGCGCCCCGACAUCCGUGGCAUGGAGAACGGCAACAUGGAUCUGGCCAGCCAGGAGAAGGAGCGGCUGGAGGAAAAACAGAGAGAAGCCCGCAGGGAGCGUGCCAAAGAGGAGGCGGAGUGGAGGACCAGGUGAGGUGGGACAGUGAGAGGGCCCCCACAAACCUGGGCACUGAGGUGGCCCACACACCUGGGACAGGAAUGAGGACCACAAACACCUGGGGGCAGUAAGGAAGCUCAUACACGUGGGCAGUACCUCCUUACACUCAGCCCUCCACACCCAGAUGGCUGGGCAGCAGCAAACCAUGGGUCCACAAAGGUAAUGAUUCCACCGCAGCCCUGACUGCUGGCUCCAUCAUGCACAUCAAGGCUUGGUUAGUGCACACUGUGCCAGAGGUCCCCUGCCAUGGUGGUCUGUCUCAGAGGACAGGUCAUCUCAGAGCCAGCCCUUGCCAUCAUCUUGUGUCACAUCAUUUGACCCAGAACACUUGCUGAUUAUGGCCA